UCAGCCCCAACGAUUCUUACUGACGUUGAUCCUGAAGCCAAGGUGAUGCAAGAAGAAAUUUUCGGGCCAAUUCUUCCCAUCGUGCCUGUGAAGAAUGCCGACGAAGCCAUAAAAUUCAUAAACAGCCGCGAAAAGCCGCUGGCUUUCUACAUCUUUUCUCACAACGAUAAGCUCGUCCGACGGAUGAUCGACGGCACGUCCAGCGGUGGUGUCACCGCCAACGACGUCAUCAUGCACUUCACCCUCAGCUCGUUGCCCUUCGGAGGAGUGGGUUCCAGCGGCAUGGGGGUUUAUCACGGCAAAUACACUUUCGAUACCUUCUCUCAUCAACGUCCCUGUCUGCUGAAAAGUUUAAAGAGGGAAGGCGCUAACAAGCUCAGGUAUCCUCCCAACAGCCAGUCGAAGGUGGAUUGGGCAAAAUUUUUCCUCCUGAAGCGCUUCAACAAAGGGAAACUCGCUCUGCUGUUCCUGGCUUUCCUGGGCGUGGUGGCGGCCGUGCUGGCCAAGGUGAGUCCCUUUCUGGUCCCGCCCGAAGGGCUGCCAAUGGUCCUCUUGCGUUAGGGGAGCUCCUCUACUUUUAGGGGAUGGACUCUGUCUCUCGUGUUAACUUCCCAAGUCUAGGGCGGGGUCGGUGACCGCAGCCUGCCCCGUCUUCCUGGGGGACAGCCACGACCCCCUGCUGACUUAGUGUAGCCACAGUGGUCGUGCAGCCCCCAGAGCCUAAACGAUCACAGAAGGAGCGUGCCAACCUCUGGUGUAAGAGUUUUAAGACCCCGGGGGCGCCUGGGUGGCUCAGUCGGUUAAGCGGCUGCC